CCAGAAUAAAAAGCGUUUGCGAUAAACUACAGCUUUCCUCCGCAUAUAAACAACUGUAGCCACAUAGUUUCCCUUUCUAGCUGGAAAGCUGUCAAAGCAGACACGCGCAUGAAGUUCAGGUAAACUACGCAGUUGAAAAACAAAAGGAUGCCAGUUGAAAGCCUGGAUGAAAGGACGGUGGAGGUGCUGGCGCUGCCUGCAGAAGUGGAUGAGGAGCUGCUGUUUCUGUACUUUGAGAAUAAGCGGCGCUCUGGGGGAGGUCCACUCGUCUCUGUGGAGAAGAAGGGUGACCGCGCCUUACUUGUGUUUGAAGAGACAGAAGCUGCAGCGCAAGUUCUGUCUAAAGGGAACCACGUUCUGCAUAAUGUCGAGCUGAGUGUGAGAAAGCCUGCCUCAAAGGACCAAUGUCGACUGCUGCUGCGGGGGAUCAACCCCAGCACCAGCACCGAGAUGAUAGAGCUGUAUGUGGAGAACAUGAUGGAGUUGAAUGGGCCUGACUACACUCUGUAUCCGGGGAGAGAUUUCAUCCUCAUUCACCUCAGCCAACCCUUCUCCAAAGAUUUCCAAAACCUUAGCGCUAAAAUCUCUAAGAGGAAACUUGACGGGGCGAUGGUAACUCUCGAACAGACGGAGCAAACGGACUCUGUCUUCGUGGAGAACCUGCACCCUGGCACCGCUCCAGACCUGCUCACUUUGUACUUUGAGAGCAAGCGGGGUGGAAAUCAGAAGGUGAAGGAGGUCGCAAUGCUUUCAGAGGGCACAGCCAAGGUGUCCUUUGUCAAUUAUGAAUCUGUGGGCCCUGUCCUGAAUCACAUGCACAAACUGGACGGUGCUGAUCUUGUUGUGAUGCCAUACUUCGACUUUCUUCAACCCGCAGAAAGAUUAAAACAAAACUCUGGAAUUGGAAGCCAAGAUAUGACUGAGAAAAACUUGGAGGAAAUUCCGAUGCAGACCAGUCCUCCCACGGUGGUCCAUGCAAACAGCCCGUCCUCCCCUCAGAUGGCCUCGAAACCUCUUGCUGCCCAACAUGUAGUAAAGGAGGCGGCAGAGGAAGUCAUGGAGGAACCAGAGGAAGUCAUGGAGGAACCAACGAAGGAGGAGGGAGAAAAACUAUCGAGCCAUAUUGCUAUUUCUGACCCACUUAAACUUGCUUUGUUUCAACUCAGCACCUUUCUACUGGAUGCUGAAAGGAUGUUCCCAAAUUUCACCAUCCAAAUCAAAGACGAUGGCGUGCAGAUUGAAGGGACUGACGGACAACAGUUUGAGCCGAUAAAGCACGCCAUCUUGGACUGUUUUGGCAAAAUGGCUGAGACUCAAUUCACCCUUGAGCCAGACGAGUCUCAGUUCUUUGCCAGAAGAGAUGUAAAAGAGCGUCUACUGCAAACCAUAAAUCAAACUGGGUCACCAGUUAUGUACACCGUAUCAGACUGUAAUGUUGUGGCAGCGUCCCUAUCCCAGGACUCUGCUAACCAGGCAUAUAGCUUUAUGAAAUCCCAGCUGUGUCACUUCAGCAUACUGGUGGACACAGAAUAUGAAAGCAUGCUAUAUUGCAGAGAGUGGUCAGAGUUCCUGGAGGCUCUGGGCUUCUCCUCUGUAAAGGUGUCAGAACAAGGAGGGAAUAUUGAUGUGUUCACUCUGAAAGGGAUGGAGAGUGAGAAGCAGACUGCAAUCAUGGGGUUUCUUACUACGCCCAUUGAAAGGGAGACUGUUAUCUCUAUGGAGCCAGGCAUUCUGAAGUAUAUCCAGAUCCAUUGUCAUCAGCUGAUGGCUGACAUGGAACAAGUGUCUAUUUUUCCACUAGAAGCAGAGGAUGUUUGUGGGUUAAAGAUCCAUGGCCAUGCUACUGCAUGUCAAAUAGCUGAGGAGUUGUUGCAAGGUGUGGUGUCCUCUAUCUGCACCAGAACCAUCACAAUAAAUGCUCCAGGAGUGACCCGGUUUUUACUGGAUGAGGACUGCAAGAAAAUCCUGAGGGAGAUGGAGACAAAGUUUCAGGUCUAUAUCAAUGCAAAGCACGUGCCGUGGGAUCCCCUGCCACACCAGGACAUUUUUGCAACGGCAUUGACUAUGAUGUCCAACAAAAACUUCCAGAAAGUGUCUUUGGAUAGUUCUCCCCAAGAAUUAAAAUCUGACUCGAUGCAAAUCGAUCACAAUGGAGCUCCAGACAACGGCCUUUUAGAUGCGGCAAAGAAAAUCGUCUCGGCCGUCGAAGAAAAACUUGAGGAGGGUGGGUCCAAUUCAGAACAACUUCAUGACAUAGACGAUAUGGACCUGUACACAGCGGAGGAACCAACCAGCCUGACGGACCAGGACUCUACUGACCUCUACUGUGUAGUUGCUGAUGCUUCCCGGCCCUCAGCUGAAGGGAACGCUACCAGCGGGUUACUCCUGCUGAAUGAUGGAGCUAUGGGCCUUUCUAGCAACCUUGAAGAAGACGCCCAAAUGUCUUUAGCCAUCCAGUACUCUAUGGAGUCAAACCAUUGGUCCCUGGAGGAAGAGGAGGAACAGCUGCAAAAAGCCUUGGAGCUCUCCAAGGAAAUGAGCCAACAUGUAGCCUCUUCAAGUCGUAGUGACAAAAGCCCCCGGGUGAAGAAGGGCAUCAAUAUUUCCCUACAGGACACCAUCAACACAGCCAACACCCUACAGUUGUUUGUGUUUGCAGGUUAUAACUGUGACCUGAUUCGGGUGGACAUAGCUUUUGGGAAGAAGGUCACCCAGAGACAGGUUGAGGAGAAACUGGAGCACAGGAGUGUGAAGAACAUGUCCGAGUACCACAGGAAUUGUCUGGAGAUGAUCAAAAGGAAGCACGGCGUAGAGAUUACAAUCCAAGGCACCAUCAUCACCGUUGCUGGCUUCAAGGACUUUGUGACUGAAGGGCUGUGUGAUGUGAAGCUGCUGCUGGAGAAAAUCUCCAAUUCUGUAUCCGACCAGGAAAUCCUGAAGACCGUCCAGUGGGUGCAUCACGACCCAGCCUCUUCAGACACGACUCCUUAUUCCCCCGAAGCUACUGUGUUCAUCGAGAACGCUUUGAGGAUGAGGCUGCAAAAGAUUGAUAUCUUGCUAGACAAUCAGCCCCACACCAUCAACUUUGAGAAGAUGCAAGAAUACAACAUAGCUUCCGGGAAAUCCGUGAAAAUCUCCAGGAAGUUGCCCGGGUUAGGGGACUUGGUCGAGGAUAUACCAGAAGAAGAAUACUCUCUGCUGUCAAACCUACCCGAAGCAACCAAAGUCGAUGAAGAGUCGGAUGAAUUUCAGACCGUGGUGAAGAACUUCUAUGAGACCAUACAGGAGUACCACAGCAAAAUCCGAAUCAUACAGGUGGAGAAGCUCAUGAAUCGACUGCUGUACAAUCAGUACAAGUUGAAAAAGGCGAGCGUACUGCAGCGCGCCACGUAUCCCAUAGUUGAGCAGACUCUCUAUCACGGCACGAGUGAGAAGAGUGUGAAAGAGAUCUGCGUUCAUGGAUUCAACAGAAGCUUCUGUGGAAAGAACGCCACCGUAUAUGGCCAGGGGGUAUACUUCGCUGUCAACUCUGCGCUGUCUGUCCAGGAACAGUAUUCACCCCCAAAUGCAGACGGACACAAGUAUAUUUUUGUUUCAAAAGUUCUAACCGGCGAUUACACGAAAGGCUGCCACUCGAUGAAGACCGCCCCGCUGAAGGAGACCGACGAUAUUCCCCUCAGAUACGACAGCGUGACCGACGACAUCACCAAGCCGACAUUGUUUGUCAUCUUCAACGAUACGCAGGCUUUUCCUGAAUAUCUCAUUACAUGCCAGAGAAUCACCCGCUGAGGAAACGGAUUAGUCGUCGGAUGAUAACCAUCUGAGAUGGACUGCUUUUAUUUCAUUGUUUUUGCCUUGGUUAAAAAAAGAAAGAAAGUGGAGUUGAAUUUUUUUGAAGCACUAAUUUCUAUUCUCAUGUACAGUUGGUAUUUCUUUUCAUGAUAAACAUUUUGUCAAGUGCUUUGCUGUUUGAUCCGUUGCUACAUUUUAUUUCUUCAGUUUAGUCAAGUCUGAUCAAGAGAAACUCAAACAGCUGAACCCGAAAAGCCCGUUUAAUGAAGUAACUUUAAACAUGCCGCCAUGUCUUUAAAUAAGUGCGACUUAACAUUCUUGCAUGUCGUAGUCACACGAUCCAGUAUUCAUUCUCCAUCUUAAACUUGCAAGCAUCCAAAAUUUGUUGUAUUUAUGAUUUUGCAAUCCACCAUCAUAUGUUGCGCAUAGUUCUUGAUUUUCCUCGAUACAGGUAAAUGUAAUGAUGUGACUAUAACAGAGUUUUGAUGUUACAUUCUUAAGCCAGCUGAUGUUGCUGGAUCCUCUGCUGUCUUAACAGUUUCUACCAACAGGAAGAAUGCAAACAGUUAGAUUGUCCGUAUAGGAAGUUUAAUAUAAUCUAUAUAUUUGCUUUCGCGUUCAGUGGUUUGAGUUUCUCUGUAGUGUCCGUGUUUGAUUUGGCCUGAUGAGAUGAGAAUAGAAAGAAAACUCUGAGCUCUUACAGUAAACGUAGUUACAGUAACUACCUGGUAUGUUUAAAGAAAAUGUUAUUGAAAAAUUAUUACCACGUUUACAAAAAGAAGGAACAUUAUUCCUAGGGUGAAAAUAACGAUCACUAUAUACAAACAAUUCUGAUUUUAUUUUUUAAGCUUUGUUGAAAAUGUAAUCAUGCACAUCUGACAUCUACUGUGCAAUUAAAAUUAAUGUAUUAUAUUGUGUUAAUAAAACAAAAAUAAUCUGCACAAGUUAAGCCUUGUGUGCAAAAUAUG